CAUAAGGUCUAGCCUUAAGAAUCCUUCCUGCAGUACCUUCCUCCGACAUUAAAGCUUCAAAAAAUGUCACUUCAGGUUUAAGCAGCAAUCUCAGCUCCUGCUCCUACAACCCGAAAUGCUAAAUCCAUAAUUAAUUGUAGGUCUGCUGGUUUUCAAUUUAUCCCAGCAUCUGGGGUGAUCACUUCCUCUCAUAUGCCUCAAACAAUGUCAAGGAAAAUGGGGAGGAGAAAAUGGAGAGGGGUAAAGCUGAAGGAGGAAGUGAGGGAAAAUAGGCAUGUCAUACCAUUUUGAGAAGGAUAUUGACCAUACCUUGGGACAAAUUAUGCACAUGAUGUCCCAAGAUGAAUGUGAUGGCCUCUAUACUGUUUCCCUAAAGUUUCUGUCUGCUUCGGCAACUUGGUCAUGGAAUUUCAUGCGGCAUGCUUUACAAGUUCAAGCACAGCUUCAAGGAACUUCGAUUGCCAAAGAAUGUUUUAGGUGUAGCUGGAUGUUGAUUUCUUGCAUCAAUAGUGUGGCGAAAUUAUGGAUGAGAAAUAUGGUAAGGAGGUGACUUUUCUCAAAAAAAGAAAAAAAAGUAAAGACGUAACUGAUUUCAGAGCCACUAAUUUUUGUUCAUAAUCAUGCCAAGUGUUGUUUGAGGGAAAGAAAGAAAUAGACAGCGGUAUCUGUACAAUUCUCGGGAAAUUCCCAACACAAUUCCUAGGGAGUUAAAAACACUCUUGUGAAGAAAAAGAACAAAUAUUAUGUGAGAUUUAGCAGCUACUGAGGUUUCGCGGAAGAGCUGGAACCACCACGCGAGGCUGGUUAGACUUUGGUUUCACUAUUUGCUAAUUUGGAAACAACUAAGGGUCACCAGCGUUCUGACUCCAAGCCGAAUAGUAUGUGGCGAAAUUAUGGGUGAGAAAUUUGGUAACGACGUGACUGAUUUCAGAGCCAUUAAUUUUGUUCAUGAUUGUGUGUUGUUUGAGGGAAAAGAAUGAAAUUGACAGCGAUGGCUAUACUGUUCUUGAGAAAUACGUAACGCACAAUUCCUAGGACACGUGCUAGUAACCGUACAAUGACAGCCAUCCUAAUUCGUCCAGAAGUGGUUAAGAUAAGGCGACACAACAAGUUGAGGCCACGUAAAAUUCAUUGUCAAGCCCCUCAACUUACCCUAUUUUUGUAGAUGAGCCCCUCAACGAAAAAUCAAGCAAAUAGGCCCUCAAACCAUAGCGAUCAGAGUAGAUUAGC